UAUAUAUGAGGAUGGAGUUAUCCCCUGUAACAAAACUUAACAAGCAGUUAAAAUCUGGUUACAAAAGUUUUGCUGAUCCUUCUGAAUUGGCUGAUCGCUCAAGGGACUUCACCUGUGCCUUGAACGGAAGCUGUGACCUCAACCAUCACCCAAAGGACGUCCCUCUGAAACAGCUGGUAUCUGGAACCCCAUACGUGUUUGACCAAAGAGUGUCCAGCCCCGAAGAGACAGACAAGGACCGCACCGAUCAGGUCACACUCCUACAUCUCUAUGCUGUUUCUAUCACCUUCGCCAUCGGAGUGACCAUUGCCUUGAUCCUGCAUACAUACCUGGGUGAAAGAUUGGUGUUAGUAAAAGGUGCUGUGGUGUCGGAUCAUGAGCUCUGCUCUGCCUUCGGACACAGAGUCCUCCGUGAUGGGGGGUCCAGUGUCGAUGCUGCCAUCACUGCCGCCCUGUGUCUGGGUGUUGUGCAUCCACAUGUGUCAGGGGUUGGUGGAGGUGGUGUGAUGCUGGUUCAUGACAUCCGGAAGAAUAAAACCAGGUUGAUUGAUUUCCAGGGAUCUGCACCUAAAACCCUGAAAGAGGAGAUGCUGCAAAAUGUUUCAGAAGUAAAGGCCGGUCUGCAGGUGGGGGUGCCAGGAAUGCUCAGAGGGUUACACCGCGCUCACAGCUUGUACGGGAGUCUGCCAUGGGAGGAUGUGGUCGCCAGAGCUGCUGCUGUGGCCAAAGAAGGUUUCAAUGUGUCUUUCAGUCUUGCUGAGGCUAUAUCAAAGGUAAAAGGUCAGAGGGUGUCACAACGUUUCAGGGACUUGUUCUUCCCCGAUGGCCAAGCUCUGCGUCCUGGUUCAUCUCUGAUGAUGUCCAGUCUGGCUGGAGUCCUAGAGGCUGGUCUGUCUAACUUCUAUGAUGGAAACGUCUCAAAAGAGAUGGAGGAUGAGGUGCGAGCUAAUGGAGGGGUCCUGAGCAGAGAGGACAUCAGUGCUUACAGCGUACAAGUGGAGCAGCCACUGGAAGGCCUGUACAAUGAAUUCAUUAUUCAAGUUCCUCCUCAACCUGCUGGUGCAGCGUUGAUAUCAGCACUCAACAUUUUGGAGGGCCUCCACCUCAACGAGAACAAUAACACUGAAAAUCAAACGCACCACUGGGUUGCUGAGGCUCUGAAAGAAGCUUUGGCCAGUGGUUUGGGUGACCCUAAAUAUAACUCUUCAGUGACUCAGCUGCUGUCUGACAUGCUGAGUAAGAAUCAAGCAGAGGUGCUUCGCCAAAGGAUCAAUUCAUCCCAUACCUCUGCACCCGACUCCAUCCCCUCCCUGCAGACAGAGCGGAUGACUGGACAAGUUGCAGUCAUGGGACCCGACGACCUGAUGGUGACGGUCACAAGUUCUUUGAACACGCCAUUCGGGAGCAGAAUCGUCACAGCGUCAGGCGUUAUUCUCAACAGCCUCAUGUUCAACUCCUCCUGGACAUAUGAAGCCCGAGGGCAACUCUCAAAGAACCAGAAAACCAAAGUCCAGCCAGGAAAGAGGAUCCUAUCCUCUCUCAUGCCGGUGAUAGUGAUGCCUGCGGGGCAUAAAUGUGGCGUCUACAUGGCACUAAGCAGCUCGGGGGGGCAACAGAGUUUGAGUGUGAUCACCCAGGUGUUGAUCAGUGCACUGUCCUCACAUAAAGAGAGAAAUGACAGCCUCUCCCUGACAAAUAAGCCUCUUGUUGACUCGGAGUUUCCUGAGGAGGGUGAGCAGUUGUUGGAUGAAGAAGGCCAUGCACUUCAGAGAGUGAAGACAAACUCUGUUCAGGGGAUCCUGAGGAAAAAAGAUAUAAUUAGACCCAUAAAUGUACCUCAAUUAUCUGAAGGAUUCUUAUAGUUUUGUUGUUGUGAACUUCAUUUUUCAAUAAAUGUCUUCAAAGAG